AUGGCGAAAUCUAUAACCGCACGUGAGUUGCGCCAGCAUUGGAUAAAUCAACGUGAAAUUGCCCUCCUCGAUGUCCGCGAAGAAGGCCCCUAUUCCGAGUCCCAUCCUCUAUUCGCACUAAGUGUGCCAGUCUCAGAGAUCGAGAAGAAGUUGCCUCCGUUAGUGCCUCGAUUAUCGGCCCCGAUUGUGGUCUACGACGACGGCGAAGGCUAUGCAGAUCGGGCUACCACCCGGAUAUUAGCCCUGGGGUAUCGGGACGUGUCCGUCUUGAAAGGCGGGCUUUCUGGUUACGCCACCGUUGGCGAGGUAUAUCGCGAUGUCAAUGUACCAUCCAAGGCGUUUGGCGAGCUCGUCGAAUCAAUUAACCACACCCCAUCCUUAUCUGCGCGAGAUGUAAAGGAUGUUCUGGAGAGCGAAGCCGAUGUGGUUGUUUUGGAUGCCAGACGUUUUGUGGAGUAUAAUACCAUGAGUAUUCCCCAUGGCCGCAGCUGUCCUGGUGGAGAACUUUUGUAUCGCUUUUUUGAGGCUGUGCCCUCUCCGGAAACCAAAGUCAUCGUCAACUGUGCAGGUCGAACGCGGAGUAUUGUUGGAACCCAAUCUUUGAUCAACUCUGGGAUCCCGAAUAAAGUGGUCGCGCUCCGAAAUGGGACGAUCGGGUGGACAUUAGAGGGCUUGGAACUGGAGACCAAAAAGACGGAACGGGUUCCAAGUCCUUCAGUGGGCGCAUCACAAAAGGCACGGCAAUACGCUGAAUCAUGGGCGAAUCACGUCGGCGUCAAUUUUAUUGAUGGUGACCAGCUCACUCGAUUUACCGCGGAGUUGGAAGAUCGGACUCUCUACCUCCUAGACGUGAGAGACCCGGAGGAAUACGCCCUUGGACACCCGACCUGUUUCUUUAAUGCUCCUGGUGGUCAAUUAGUACAAGCGACCGACGAAUGGGUCGGUGUUCGAGGAGCUCGCAUUGUUCUAUAUGACACGGACGGUGUGCGUGCGCGUAUGACAGCCAGCUGGCUCGUCCAGCUCGGAUGGGAGGCGUAUGUAGUUGAACAAUCUCAAGUACCUGAUGGACUUCCGUCGCACAAAGCCCCUUCAUGGAAUUAUCCAAAAGAUGGCGCUAUCACAGUCAAUGACCUUCAAAACCUCGCAGGCGCGACUGUCGUCGAUCUCGCCCGCAGUCCAUCCUACCGCAAGGGCCACAUUCCGGGCGCAUUGUUUGCUUCCGGACCCGAACUUACCCGAGAUUUGAGAUCUAUCAACGGUAACGGUCCUAUCGUACUGACCUCGGAGGAUGGAGACGUUGCCGCCAUGAAUAUUGAUGACGCACGCAAGUCAGUCUCUCGAGACGUUUUGUAUUUGGCGGGAGGGACAAGUGCCUGGGUAGCUGCCGGCCAUCCCCUCGAAACGGAAUCGCAGUGGCUUUCGCAGCCGAUCGAUGUGUAUAAAAGGCCGUAUGAAGGGACAAGCAACGCUCGCAAGGAUAUGCAAGGGUAUCUCGACUGGGAGUAUGGGCUUGUCGCACAACUGGCGAACGAUGGGGUCGCAUGUUUCCACGUUGUGCGGGACACACGUGGGGAAGUUGGGAAGCAGUCUUGA